AUGGCAGCAGAACGACACCCGCUCGCUCUGCCACCCAACCUGUCCCCGGACGACCUCGAUGCGCUCUCGGAGCUCUCCAUAGUCCUAGCCAAGGUCCGGGCCGGCAUCCAGUCCUCGAAUGGGCUGACAACUGCCACCGGUGUGACGCCCGGCGGUGUCCAUACCCACGGGCAGCAAUUGUCAUUCAAAGAUGUUCCCGGCGCCACUGAUGGCUUGAAGCACAAAGUCCAACAUGCGCGAGCUCAAGUUCGUGCCUUGCCGGACAUGGACCGCUCCGUCGAGGAACAAAACCGCGAGAUAAAGGAUUUACAAGCUCGGAUUGAGAAGCAGCGCGCACUACUGGAAACUCUGCGUGAGGGAGGCGUCACGUUCGGCAAGAGGGAUCGUGCCGCUAGCGAUGAUAAAAUGGAGAUUUGA